CCCCCUCACCUCUCCCCUCGCUCCCGGCAGCCGGCCGGUGAUGUGCCAGAGCCCCGGCGGGUCCUGCAGGGCCCGGCCCCGCGGCAGGGAGGGCCCCGGCGCCCCCCGAGCCUCCCCGGCCGCCGCUCCCGGAGAUGAGGGUCCCUCCGCCGCCCGGCAGAGCCGCUGACUCCGUGGCACCAUGGCCCUCUCCGGCUGUAACGUGCUCCUUGCCGUAGCCCGGACCAGUUUCAGAGGCUGCCAUCUCCUCGCACACUCCACCCCUCCAUACUCCCCAGCAGUCGCUUUUCUCCAAGUUGUGGAUUCUCAUUUACCCUGGACUUGCCCGCGAGGCUCGGAGGACCCGCCGGGGCCGCGCUGCGCAGGGUUGGGGGCUGCCCUGCCUCGCUCACCAGCACGAGCCCUUCACACAUCCACCUGCUGGCACCAGGAGCUGCGGGAUGGACCUCCUCCCCAGGGAAACGCUGUCACCCAGGGCACCAAACCGGCCAAAACUCCGGCAAAACAAGUCAUAGAGGCUCCCGCGGGGAAAAAGUCUUUACGCCAAAAGAUCGUGGAGGAGCUGAAGCACUAUUACAAUGGAUUCCACUUGCUUUGGAUCGACACUAAGGUGGCUGCCAGGAUGGUGUGGAGGCUGUUGCAUGGUCAGGUCCUCACUAGGAGGGAGAGACGAAGGCUGCUGAGAACUUGCGCAGAUCUCUUCCGGCUGGUGCCCUUCCUGGUGUUUGUCAUUGUCCCCUUCAUGGAGUUUCUCUUGCCGGUCUUCCUGAAGCUCUUCCCUGAAAUGCUGCCCUCGACAUUUGAGACAGAGUCAAAAAAGGAAGAAAAGCAGAAGAAGAAAUUAAAUGCAAAGCUGGAGUUAGCGAAGUUCCUGCAGGAGACCAUUGCAGAGAUGGCCAAAAGGAACAAAGCAGAUACAGGACAAGGAAAGCAAUUCUCCUCUUACGUGCACCAGAUCCGUCACGGCGGCCGGCGGCCCAGCACCCAGGAGAUCGUGCGCUUCUCCAAGCUCUUUGAGGAUGAGCUGACCCUGGAGCACCUGGAACGGCCGCAGCUGGUAGCUCUUUGCAAAUUGCUUGAGCUGCAGCCCAUUGGCACCAACAACCUGCUCCGCUUUCAGCUGCUGCUGAGGCUCAGGACCAUCAAGGCAGAUGAUGAGAUGAUUGCCAAGGAAGGAGUCAAUGGCCUGAGCGUGUCCGAGCUGCAGAGCGCGUGCAGAGCCAGAGGAAUGCGGUCACUGGGGCUCUCAGAGGAGCAGCUGAAGGAGCAGCUGAGGCAGUGGCUGGAUCUGCAUUUAAAAGAGAACGUUCCACCUUCUCUGCUCCUGCUUUCCCGUGCCUUGUACUUAAUAGAUGUAAAGCCACAACCUGUUCCCGUCCCACAAAAUAAGACAGGUGAAGCUGCCGACGUGGUGACAUCUGUUCCUGAAGGUCCAGAGACACUGGUGGAUCCUGCCCCUGUUGCACAGGGAAGAAAGAAUGAAGAGUUCCUGUCUCAGCCAGCAGAGAAGGUGCCGGUCUCAGAAGUGUCAGUUAAGCCUCCCCCACGAGAGACAAAGCUGGAGGCGUCCCCGAGCAGCAAGGCCGGUGCCAACGGGCUCUAGGCUGAGCCAGGACCCCCCAGUGUCAUCUCUGCACCCCCUGGGAAGGGAAGAGCCCCUUUCCAGGAGGCUGUGUUGCACAGAAAGGUGUCAGUCACACUUAGGAGCCUCUCCCUCUGCUCCAAGCUCAUUAGCAACUAGGCCACACUCAGGCUACCUGGAUGGUACCAGCUUCUUAUUUGUACU